GAGAUUAUCGGAAGACGUCAGACGUCACUGAACCCCGCAUGGUCCUUAUCGAGGCCGCAACCCAAGCUCUCCAAGCUCUCCCGCCACAUCCACCAUCUCACCGACCUCUGUUCUCCUCCUACUCCCGUUCUGGCCACAUCUUUCGAGAUUCUGAACUCAUAUAACGUCACAACACUAGAGUCUAGACGCAUCUGAAGCCACCCGGUACCACUACACCUACAUUCCAGGCAACCUAUUUGCGAGGCGCCAAAUGGGGCGGGGCAAGCAGGUAGAAUCGGGUGCAUCAGGCGCGGGCGAUGGAGCCGAAGCAACGGCGCUUGAGGCUCCAGCUCAGGCUUCAGCUCCCACUCCAAAGCGGCGAGCUUCGCGACUGCCACCCGCCGUCCAGUUCCCCUUGGUCGUCGUUCUCAGCCUCUCCCUGUCGUCUUUGGGCUAUUCACUUCUCAACGCAUGGUCUCGUGCAGGGAUAGCCAGCAUUGCGAGACAAUCCGAGAUGAACUCAGAACUGGCCCUCCUUACCGCCUGGAGAAUAUUCGAGCUCGCCCUUGGCUGGUAUGGUGACUUUGAUAGCUAUGACUUGGCAGCGUUGAACCUACUAUCACAUGGGCCUUCUCUCUUCCUCCAGGUUGCCUUCUAUGACAUCGACCUGUGGACCGGAGGCGCAUGCCUGGCUCUCGACACCCUGUCAGGAUCGGUGCCUUUCCUGCUCUUGCGACCAACCUCGGGCGCGCACUCUGCCUCCUCUUCCUCCCCACCAGUACCUAACAGGGAAAUAAUACUGGACCGAGGGAUCCAGACAUCCACGGCUGUCCUCUCGGGGCUGAUAUACGGCACCACGCUAUUCGCCGCGUUUAAAACCUACCUACCGACCAUCUUCGUGCUCUACUUUGAGGGGAUCGCCCGUGUCGAGCCAGCCGUCCACACCAAGUUCGGCAGCCUGCUUGCCGGCGUGCUCAUGCUUCUCUUUGGGCUGGCCGCCCAAGGCUUCAUCUUUGCCCCCUUCGCCACGACCGGCCGGACCAGGGCUGACGCGAAGAUUGCCGAGUUCGACCCCAUCAGUGCGACGCUGGGCGAGACGCUUUGGUGGAACGUGUGGGGAUACACCACGCGGACAAAGGUUGCCAUCGUUAGGACUGCGGCGGUGAUGUUUGUGACGUGGGUCAGCACGUAUUUGCAGUGCGCCAUGACGAUCAAGGGCGUGGAAUCAUACGGCGCUGCCGUUUAUGCAUCUUCAUGGGCUCUAGCUGCAAUGUUGACAGGACUGGGGCUCGAGGUUGUGGGAGACGUGUGACGAUCGACCCGAUUACACCCCAAAUGGGGUGGCCGAGUCGUUGAGUCCCAUUAGGCUUGUCAAUAUAGGCUGUUCACAUCCCCAGGGAGUAGGGGGUUGGUCCAUCAGACGCCAGAGAGGUCAGGCAUUCAUUUUCUGCUUCCCUUGGCUUGUAUCAA